AUGCACGACGCGCCCUCUGUUUACUCUCAACCGCACUCGAGCGACCUCUCCGACUCCUCAAGCACAAACUUCCAACCUGUCAAGAAACUGCAAACUCCCACCAUCAGCUUUCACGACGGCGUUGUGCUCGCUCACGACAACUCGAUCGAGCUCCGCAAGCACGCCCUCGCGGGAAAAGCUUUCGAGUGA